GACAAGCGCGUCCACGUCUAACUCGAGCCGCCAGUAGGGCCCCUCACUGAUACUUGCGUUCAGUGCAUGCGUUGAGCGACAUUUCUUCCACGCUGUUCAUACUGUACAACAAUUAGUUUUUAUGGAGCAGGAGGCUACACUCCGAGUACUCAUCAACCAAAUUGACUACACUGUGGCCUCCCCUGGCCCUCUCGACAACACAUCUCUCCCUCGAGUGCCUGUGAUCCGUAUUUAUGGCGCAUCGUCCACAGGAACGAAAGCAUGUGUACAUGUGCAUCAAGUGUACCCUUAUUUUUUUGUUGAGUAUGAGGGUAAAUUGAGUCCCGAAAAUGUGAACCAGUACAUCGUAAAGUUAUCUCGUUCUUUGAACCAUGCUAUCGCCAUCUCGAUGAAGCGCAAUCCACACUCGCGCAAAUCACAGUUUGUUCGGGGUGUACUUCUCAUUCUUAUUGCAGACCCCGCCUUUGUCAAUCGUGCUGUCACUAUAUUGCAGUCCGGAACUGUUAUGCGAACACGCUUCCGCGUUUACGAAAGCCAUUUGAGCUACAUCCUGCAGUUCAUGUGCGAUUUCGGGCUCUAUGGAUGUGGCUGGAUGAAUAUCGCGGAGGUCUGGCAACGAGGACACGAAGAAAACGAUACUGAAAUAACGGAGCCAACAACAUUCAAGAUAUCACCAUACUUUCGUCAAUCCCGCAUGCCGCUUGAAGUUGAUGUUGCUGCUCAUCAAAUUUUAAACCGCCGUCUUUUAUCCGCACGCAACAUCCACCACAAAUUGGAAAUACCCUCACCGCCUUUACCUUCUGAACCAUUUGUUCUGAGUGUUCGUGAGCUGUGGGAUGACGAAAGACGUCGAAGACUUGCCAAGGGCCUCUCUCCAACCCCUGCGCUUUCUAUUGAUUCAAGCAAGAGGUCGAGGGGCCAUGGAGGUGAAUGGGUUGCGGAAAUGAGGUGGUGGGAGGAAGUCAGAAAACGCAUUGAAAAAGAAAGAGACCUCAAGCCCACUUUCGCAGACGGUGCGGGACUUUGGGAGAAAUGGGUGAUGACUACCUUUGAGAGUGUAGAAGCCUUCUGGGAGGCUGAGUGGAGAACUUGGAGGCCAGCUCGUAAAGAGGCCACUGGUCAUAAUGGACAGAGCACUCAUAUUUUGGAAGCCGGGGACAGCGAAAAUCCUUUUGCACAAGCGACACAGUAUGGGUCUUCGAUAAAUCGGGAAGGACCACCGCAAAGCACGGAUGUCGAUGUCGACGAGAUGUUACUUUCUACACAGGAGAUGAGUCAACUGAUGGAUCGCGAAGACCAAGAGUGGGCGGACUUGCAGGCGGGGGACACCAUUGCAGAACCUGACGCUGCUGCUGAUGAUCAGUUGGCCGAAGAAGGGCCUCCUACAGACUUUGGGAUGGAUGUGCCCAAUCCCUCUGGCGAGGCUGAAGCUACAACUGAUGGGAACGAAAGCAGACUCGGCUCUCCUACGCGGGAACUUCCCCGAACAAAUUCAUUCCGACAUUCAUGGCGUGAUCUGGAAAUCUGCAAACGAGCGAGGAGUCUUUCAGCAUCUUCAGAGCUUUCAGCAACUCCUGCCAAGAGAAUGCGGUACAUCAGUAACGAGGUCGCCUACGAUGCGACUACACCGAUGAUACAUGCGCUACCAUCUAUGGUUCCUAUAGAGCCCGCAACACAGCGAGAAUUAUCCCCUGGCUCAUCUAAUUCAGCUGAUAAUAGUGUUGGAUGCGAUAUCGAAGAAAACCCAUUCCUAUUUCGAGGUGAACAGUCGAUUGAUGUAUCAGGAAGGCCGAAGAAUUCACAGGGCCCUACAAUUCGCUCAACGUCAAUAGAAACAAGAAAGGAACGCCGAGACGAUCGCGUUGAACGCAUUGAAAGCAUUUUACAGCCGACCUUACCAAGAGUUUCGUUUUCAAGACAUAUACCACCAACCUCAAGCCCAACCACGGCAUUCGUAUUCGCUGUACCACCGCCAUCCUCCUCUGAACUUUUCAGGACUAUUGAGACAUACGGUAUCCCCCGAAGGCUUUAUCGUAAUCCUUAUUACUCCAAGCGUGCAGAUGCUCCAGAGCACCCCAGAGAAUACGCAGGUCUACUGUAUCACCUUAAAGGCGGGGAGGGACUGAACGCCCUGGACCAAUGGAAGUCUCAUGGAAGUCAGCUUCAUACGGGAAGAAAUGUGCGUCGUUUGAAAGGCACGUCUCUGUCAUGGGGAUGGGAGUAUGCAGCCCUGCCUCCGAGUAAAACUCAAAUGAAAAGGUGGCUAAAAGAAAACCCAGUUCAGCGGGCCUCAAGGGCCAGGAUAUGCUCUCAGAUUGAGAGCAGUACCCAAAUGAAUCCCUAUGGCCUGAAGUCAAUGCCACAUGUUCGAUCUGACUCCAACACCAGAGCAGCCCAGCACAUGUCCUUGUUUUCCCUGGAAAUGUUUGCUCCUUCACGUGGUAAUAAAGUACCUGACGCAAAUGUUGACGGGAUUGUUGCAAUCUUCUUUGCUCUCGGGGAUGAUAAUAUUCAUUCAGUGUUUCACGAACGAGGCAUCCUGGCAGUUAAGAAUGCGCAACUGGAUCCUCGUCGAAUACGCGAUUUCCCGUUGGAGAUUGUCGCUGACGAACUGGAGUUACUCAAUCGGAUGGUUGACAUAGUAGUUGACUUUGAUCCGGAUAUCAUCGUCGGCUGGAAUGUUCAAUCAGCAUCUUGGGGCUAUCUCAGUGCUCGAGGAAACCAUUAUGGUUUUGACAUUGGCGAGCUUAUAUCUCGAGCUCCUAACAAGAAUGAUGCUGCAGGAAACUAUCAAUGGAGCCAGAGGACAACAACCACGUUCAAGGUCACUGGUCGGCAUGUGUUCAAUGUCUGGAGAAUUAUGCGAGUUGAGCAGACACUGUCCAUAUAUUCUUUCGAAAAUGUGGCCUUCCAGUUACUGCGUAGAAGGGUCCCUCGUUAUACUCCUGAGGUUUUAACGACUUGGUAUAAUAGUACAGAUCCCGUGCACACCUCCCGUGUCCUUCGCUACUUCCUUGAACGGACGAUAUUGACACUGGAGAUCCUCCAAGAAGCCGAAACAACCACAAAAAAUGCAGAGUUUGCGCGUGUCUUUGGAGUCGACUUUUACUCCGUAAUCAGUCGAGGCUCACAGUUUAAAGUAGAGUCAUUCAUGUUCCGCAUUGCGAAGCCAGAAAGCUUUGUUCUCCUAUCUCCUAGCAAACAGGAUGUUGGAAAACAAAAUGCUGCAGAAUGUAUGCCUCUCAUUAUGGAACCCCUCUCCGCCUUUUACAACGGACCUGUCGUCGUGCUCGACUUCCAAUCACUUUAUCCGUCAAUUAUGAUUGCUUACAAUUAUUGCUACUCAACCUGCCUCGGGAGAAUAGUCGACUUCCAGGGUCGUAACAGGUUUGGUGUCGUGGAUCUCCAAAGACCACAUGGACUCUUGGAAAACUUGCAAGACCACAUAAUAGUCGCGCCGAAUGGCAUUAUGUACGUGAAGCCUGAAGUGAGGAAGGGUUUACUUGCGCGCAUGCUCACGGAGUUGUUGGACACCCGAGUAAUGGUCAAACAGGCGAUGAAGGGUUCGAAAACUGACAAGGCACUUAGUCGAGUUCUGAACGCCCGCCAGCUCAGUUUGAAAUACAUCGCUAAUGUCACCUAUGGAUAUACAGGCGCAACAUACUCUGGCCGUAUGCCUGCUGUUGAGAUUGCAGACAGUAUCGUACAAAGCGGCAGAGAAACCUUGGAAAAGGCUAUAGAAGUCAUCGAUAGCAAUGCUAAAUGGGGAGCUAGAGUUGUUUACGGGGACACGGACUCCCUGUUCAUAUACCUUCAAGGGAAGACAAAAGAGCAGGCUUUCCACAUCGGCUAUGAUAUCGCGGAUACGAUUACGGCGAUGAAUCCAGCACCCAUCAAAUUGAAAUUUGAAAAGGUGUAUUUGCCAUGUCUAUUGAUGGCGAAGAAAAGAUAUGUUGGAUUCAAAUUUGAGAAUCCAGACGAGACUGUCCCCGCAUUCGAUGCGAAGGGGAUCGAAACUGUCCGUCGUGAUGGGGUACCUGCUCAGUCAAAAAUGACAGAAACGUGUUUGAAAAUUUUAUUCCGUACCCAGGAUCUUAGUCAAGUAAAGGACUAUUGCUACCAGUCAUGGACUAAAAUUCUUCAAAACCAAGUCUCAAUACAAGAUUUCAUAUUUGCAAAGGAAGUCAAGAUGGGGACAUAUUCUGAAAAGGCACCACCUCCACCAGGGGUAGCUGUUGCCGCUCGAAGAAUGAUAGAGGACGAGAACGACGAGGUUCAAUAUGGCGACCGGAUUCCAUACGUGAUCAUAAGAGGUGGUCCCCAGGCGCGGCUUGUGGACAGGGCGGUGUCCCCAGAAGAAUUAUUGCAACAUAAGCACAUGCAAUUAGACGCUUCAUAUUACAUAUCCCGCGUUCUGAUUCCACCGCUCGAACGUGUUUUCAAUCUGAUAGGUGCUGACGUCAGAACUUGGUUUGACGAUAUGCCGAAGGCUAUCCGAGUCGAUAAUCCAAAUCCUCUUGCAAUGUCUCCCAAAAAACAGAGGAUCGCAGCAAAUCGGUUGAAGAUAGAUGAACAUUUUCAGAGUUCCCAGUGUCUUGCAUGCGGUGGCUUGUCUUCAGACGGAAUAUGCGAAAGGUGUCGGAGAAUGCCCCGAGAAACAAUGCCCGCCAUCCUUGAUCAAAUACGAAAAGGAGAAGGCCGGUUCCUGGAUGCACAACGGGUAUGCGCAUCGUGCGCGUCAUCCGCAAAUGCAGAGCCAAUUGAGUGCAUUAACAUUGACUGCCCGUGGUUGUUUGACCGAAAAAAAGCAGAAAGAAGGGCGGAGUUUCUUGAAGGGUUACAGGUACUCAUGGAGGACCUUGAAAUGUUAGAGGAUUGCUAUGACGGUAUACCAGACUGAGAUAGUUAAGCAUUAAUAUUCAUCCUUAGCAUCAGGAAAGCAUCAAGUUCCUCAUUUGCUCCUUAUUUGCCUUAAUUCACACAAUAGUAAGUUAGCAUCUACUUACUGUUUAUGUCUAUUUACUUGAAAA